GCAUGCGUGUGGUAUCCCUAGCGCAUCGAGCUGGAUCUCGCCUCCCCCUCUCCGCCCAGAGCAGCGAAACACCUCGGUGCGAUUCGCCGUGGGAGUCUGUGCUGCUUUCCUUGCUGCUAGGCGCUAAUCCCCACUCGGUGGGAGGCGGAAGGUGGACUCAACGCACCACGCCGCUGCCCUCUUUAGAGUUGCACAGUCGACCCUAGUCCGCUAGCUGCCGCCAGCUGCUCCGGACUGACGCGACGCUCCUCCGUGCAGCGCUGCUGGGGACGCGGCAGCCCAUCCCGGCCUCCAGGCCCUACCCUGCCCUGCCCUGCUCUGCCCUGCCCUGUCUCCCUUCCCGGGCUGCGGGCGACCCUUGCCCCUCGCCCGGCCGCGGCGAGCCAAGCUGUGGUGCAGCGGCCGAGCGCGCUCCCUUAGGGCCCUCGUCCUCCUUCCCUAGGGCAGCCCGCGCCAGCAGGCGGGAGCCGACCUCGGGGAGCCCGGCUCGCCGCGGCCCGGCGGAGCGAUGAGCUUCUUCGGCUUUGGGCAGAGCGUGGAGGUGGAAAUCCUGCUGAACGAUGCGGAGAGUAGAAAGCGAGCGGAGCACAAGACCGAGGACGGCAAAAAGGAGAAGUAUUUCCUUUUCUAUGACGGGGAGACCGUCUCCGGGAAGGUGAGCCUCGCGCUUAAGAACCCCAACAAGCGGCUGGAGCACCAGGGCAUCAAGAUCGAAUUCAUCGGGCAGAUUGAACUCUAUUAUGACCGCGGGAAUCACCAUGAGUUUGUGUCCCUGGUGAAGGACUUGGCUCGGCCCGGAGAGAUCACUCAGUCCCAGGCCUUCGACUUUGAGUUCACCCACGUGGAAAAGCCAUAUGAGUCUUACACAGGGCAGAACGUAAAGCUGCGCUAUUUCCUGCGGGCCACCAUCAGCCGCCGCCUCAACGAUGUUGUCAAAGAAAUGGACAUUGUGGUGCACACACUGAGCACGUACCCAGAGCUGAACUCUUCUAUCAAGAUGGAGGUUGGGAUCGAGGAUUGCCUGCACAUUGAGUUUGAGUACAAUAAAUCCAAAUACCACUUGAAAGAUGUCAUUGUAGGGAAGAUAUACUUCCUGCUGGUGAGAAUCAAAAUCAAGCACAUGGAGAUAGACAUCAUCAAACGGGAAACAACAGGCACUGGCCCCAAUGUUUACCAUGAGAAUGACACAAUAGCCAAGUACGAGAUCAUGGAUGGGGCGCCAGUGCGAGGAGAGUCCAUCCCGAUCCGGCUCUUCCUGGCAGGGUACGAGCUCACACCCACCAUGCGGGACAUAAACAAGAAGUUCUCUGUGCGCUAUUACCUCAACCUAGUGCUGAUUGAUGAGGAGGAACGGCGCUACUUCAAGCAGCAGGAAGUGGUGUUAUGGCGGAAGGGCGACAUUGUCCGGAAGAGCAUGUCCCACCAGGCAGCCAUCGCCUCACAGCGCUUCGAGGGCACAGCCUCCCUGGGCGAGGUGCGGACCCCCAGCCAGCUGUCUGACAACAACUGCAGGCAGUAGGCCCCUGGCCAAAAAGCUGCGGGGCUUCUACCCCAGCACUCCCCAUCUACCAGACACCAGUGGCUGAGGGAGGGGAAGGGUGGUGUGAGGCUCAGCUGAUCGUUAUUUGCAACCUGAAAACAAAUCAUGUUUUUGACUUAAAUUCUUUUCUCUGAAGAACUGAAGGGGCUGGGUUGGGAAGCAGUCCCCUUGGGCUUCUGUGGCCAAUGCCAGGCUGGGGAGAGGAAGCAUUGUGGAAGCUUGUCUCUCUCUGGGGAGUCAGAGCCCUCCUCCUGGGCUGCUGUUUGUCUCUGGGAGGACAGCCAGGAGCACGCAGCCUUGGCUUGUGGUUCUGGGUUUCCUGAUGCAGGAUCUGAGCACAUCCCUGGGAUUUAGAGCCGCCAGCAAGGGCCUGGGGAGUCAUGUCUUAUAUUCCUCUUGACCGUCCCUGAGAAGGUGGCAAGAGGAGAAGGCCCGUCCCUUCCUAAUGAGGUCGGGGGGACCUCAAAAUCAGGAAGCCAACUCCCUGGGAGUCUCGGACGUGGUGCUUUGGAGUUUCCACAGUCAUCUUCGUUCUGGCCUGUCACUGCUGGGACUCAGAUGCCUACCUUCCCACCAGAUGUGGCUUGUCAUGAAUAUCCCGGGACCAAAACUGAUGGAACAACCCAGGGCUGUCUCCUCAUCCGAGAGAGAUACCUGGGUCCAGUGAAGCCCUGGGGGUCUGUGUAUACACAGAUGGCCAGGAGACUAAGCCAGGCCCACUGAGGAAGGAGGACUCAAGCAUGGUGACUGCCUGCCUUUAAGUGACUCCCCUUGGCAGUCUAAGGUCCAGAUCCUUCCAGGGUAUUACUGUGGUAACCCAGCCAGCUCCAAGCAAGAGCGUCUGUUCCCUUUUAAGACGUCCUAGGAAGGGGCCAGGACUCUUUUUCCUCCCUGAGACUGCUCUUCAUUUCUUGUACCCCACUUAAUUUCCAGGAAUUGGGGCUUGCUUUUAAGCACUUGGAAAUUCCGUUCUUAUCCCUACUUUGAGCCCCUUUACCUCUCUAACUGUAGGUUAAGAGAGGGAGGUGAGAAUCCCACCAGAGGAUUUUGUUACCACAAUUUUAAGAUGAUUUUAGUUGCCAGAUUACAUCUUCAUCUUUAGAAGUUCACUCACCCAAGUUUAGGAUCAUUAUUUUUUUGUUUAAAAAUCAUAAAUAUGACAAGUUUUGUGGAUGUUAUUACACUAGAAAAAACUUUUUUCCCUUGUUGCUCUGUGUUUGGGCCUAUCCUGAAGUAGUAAAAGUAUUACCAUCUUUUCUGCCUCAUCUGGGUGACCAGGAAUUAUUCUAUUGUUCUCCUUACCUUUAUAAAAAGACCAGUCAGAUCCCACUGGUCAAUGAGUACUGCAUCUGGUCCUCCUAAGUGGUAAUUUGGAAAGUAGAAACAUUGGUUCCUGUUUCCUCUUUGAGUUAGUGUAGAAAACGGGACUGCUCUUAUCAUCAGAAAUCAGGACAAGCUUAGGCCUUGCCUGGGCCAAGUUUCUGGGUCCAUGAGACUAGAGGGAAAGACACGUGGGGGAACGCGUACAGUUAACUGGGAGCAGCAGAACCAAGGUGAGUUUGUGCCCCACGCACACCUGGAGUUCAAAUGCGACACACAAUCCCAAUGGGGCAGGGUCAGCCGCCCGGCUGCCCUUGGCUCACCAAGGCUGGGGCUUCACAUUCAAGAAAGGUGGGCUGUAUCCUUGCUUUUUUCAAGAGAACAGGCUGUGGCAUGCCUCCUCUUAAUAGGUGGUAUCCUAGCAGGAAACAUUUGUCAAUUCCUCUGCCUCCUACGACAACAGAAACUCAUUUCCCAACUUUCCUAACACCUUAACCUUUCUUUUGGGAAAACUAGAAUGUAGGAUUUGCUUUACCUCAAGAGCUAUGAACAAGCCAGGUGUUUUUUGCUGACUCUAUCCAUUCUUUCUUCUCUGUCAACUGUGAAAGUGAGGGGAGGUUCCUGUCGCCUUCCUUGAAGGUCCCCAGACCUGGGAGCACAUUAGGUACUAAACCAGGCAGUGCAACUUGUAACUAAGCAGCUGCAGUGUUUACAUGUUUCUUAAUGUGUUGUCUUUUCAAUGGCUGUAUUUUAAAAGAACACUUGUUUUAAUGGUUUAAAAUGGUCUAAUUAAAGGAUGCCCUAGAGCUUUGGGGGCAUUGUGCCCAUGGUC